CGUCUUUCCAAAAUAGCCAGCGUCGCCAUCGAACACUACGUUACCGACAAACCACCAAACGAUCGAGUACCGACCGAUUCUAUCGUCAGUCAUACCACAAAACUCGCAAAAAUGGGAAAGCAGCACGGUUCUCUUGCCCGAGCCGGCAAGGUCAAGUCGCAGACCCCCAAGGUUGAGCCUCAGGAGAAGCCCAAGAGGCCCAAGGGACGUGCUCACAAGCGUGAGCAGUACGUUCGCCGUUUCGUGAACGUUACCCUUGCCCCCGGUGGCAAGAGGAAGAUGAACCCCAACCCCACUGCUUAAGCAAUGAACGAACGCAUUCAACGACGAUAAAUGACCGAUCCGACCCGAUCAUUCCCACGGCGACGAAGGUCUUUUGUAAUGAGGAUCGGUUUGGCUUUUGGGGCUGGGCGGGCGACUCCAGUCGCCCUGUCCAUGGGACGGGCAUUCUCUAUGCGCAAGGUGUUUUCAUCAUUUCGACGAAUGUUUUUGUUAUCGCUACUCAUCUCCGUGGGAAGGGCCCACACCUGAAUGGAGUGAGCACGUUCGUCUCGGUCAAAUCUUUGGGUCUUAGGGAGUCAUCUUCGGCACAAACGGGGAAUUUUUGUUUUUUUCCGGUUAUGGUAGAAGGUUUUACAUUGCUGCACAACAAAAAAAUAACAGACUGGAAGCUUUUUACCCCGGCUAUUCAACACUUGGAUUUAUUUUGAUUUGAGUGCAGGAGGAAGUACUACCGGCCGUUGGAAUUCAUGGUUAAUGCAGAGUCAGCCAAGGAGCGGCAAGGUUAACCAACAGCAGCAGCAGAGCAAGACCAGACCCUUGAGGUGAGGCACGUUCCGCUCAGUCAGUUGCUCACAGCACUGCUGCGUCUCAUCUGGCCCUUUUGAGUUCCAUCCACCUCUGUUGCGGGUAUGUGGG